AUGAUUGGCGCCCACAUGAUGUUCAUGACCCAGGAGACGCUGGACGUCUUCGACACCAGACGGAGCGACCAUGUCCCCCGAGUUCAGACCGCCGAUAGGGCUGGGCGUGACGUGAUUGCUGAUGAGCUCAGCACGAACGGUGGCCCCCACUCGCACAGGGCUGUGCUCGACCGCGUUGAUUGGACGAGAAGAUGGACCUUCAUCAUCUUCCAUCGUUUCGCCGCCAUUCCACUCGAGAUCCCUCCAGUCGCGGUCCACGCUUACUAUGGAAACCAGAAUGCCAAGCCUCCCACGGCCGCGUGCCCACUCAGCAAUGACGACUGCGCCACAUCUCGCCCACUGUCAGGAUCAGGGAACCCAUACGAGACGGAUUCCAUUCCCGGAAUAGAACAACCUCCUUACGGAUAUCCACCUCCAGGAGGAGCUCCUCCUCCUCCACAUGGCUACCAACAACCUCCCUAUCCUCCACAGCAAUACGCGCCUCCCGCGGGCGCUCCUCCCGGUCAUUAUCCUCCACCACAAACAGGCUACGGCCAGCCUCCCCCUCAUCCUCCUCCGGGCGCCUACGGAGGCCCUCCACCACCUCACGGCGCAUAUCCUCCUCCCACUCACUCGCCGCAACCACCCCAGCCCUACGGUCAUCCCCCCGCCGGGCAGCACUAUCCUCCUCCGCAACACCAAGGCCAUGCGCCUCCACCGGGACCACCUCCUUCGCAUGGUGUUCCUACCCCGGCCCCCGGCGCAUUCCCGGCAGCGCCAUCGCCGGGCUACAUCCCUGGCCAAGUUGCACCGGGCGACUUUCGAGCCGAAGCCGACGCCCUCCGCAAAGCCAUGAAGGGCUUCGGCACAGACGAAAAGGCCCUGAUCCAGGUCCUUGCCCGCCUGGAUCCCCUCCAGAUGGCCGGUGUCCGCGCCACAUACACCCAACAUCUGGGUCGCGAUCUGUACAAGGACGUCAAGUCCGAAACAAGCGGGUAUUUCGAAAAGGGUCUCCUGGCCGUCAUCGAAGGGCCGCUCAUGUACGACGUGAUCUGUGUACGGGAAGCCGUCAAGGGAGCAGGCACCAAAGAAUGGCUCUUGAAUGACGUCUUGCUGGGCCGGUCCAAUGCUGAUCUGCACGCCAUUCAAGCGCUGUACGAACGCACCUACGGGCGCCAACUGGCCAAGGACGUUGACGACGAUCUCUCCUUCAAAACAGCCGAGUUGUUCAAGAUGGUCCUCCGCGCAGCCCGGCAUGAAGACUCAAUGCCUUUGAACCCGCAGACCAUCGAGGCUGAAGUGCGCACCAUCCACGACUCGACCGCCGCGCGCAUGGUCAACAACGUCACCGAGGUCUGCGGCAUUUUCGCCCGAUCCUCAAACACCGAGUUACGGGAGAUCAGCCGCGCCUUUGAAGCGCGCUAUCACGCUUCCCUCGAGAAGCACGUGGAGAAGGAGUUUGCGGGUCACAUGGAAGAUGCGCUGUUGCACAUGCUGCGCACGGCGACGGAUCCCGCGAUGCGCGAUGCGAUCCUCUUGGAAGAAUGCAUGUCGGGCAUGGGCACCAAGGACGAUAAAUUGGUGACCCGCGUUGUCCGAGUGCAUUGGAACCGCCAGCACAAGGACCAGGUGAAGGCGGCGUACCGCCAUCGAUAUGGAAAGGAUCUGAUUGCGAGGGUCCAAGGAGAGACGUCUGGUGAUUAUAAGCGGUUGAUGGUGGCCCUGUUGGAAUAA